UAGUGACAACUGUCGCUGUCCAUAAUCUGAAUUGAAAAUUUCAAGGACAAUCCAGACAGGCAAGAACAGGGCCAGACGAGGCAAGAACAGCCGAGGCUCGCGUCUCUGCUCCGCGACUCUGCACCACCAUCCGAUGCUAACACCUCGUGACCAUGUGACCAUGGCCAUCACAUGACGACUUUACGAGACGACUUUACGACACCACACUUUCUCUUCACGUAGUAAUAUCAAUUGAGUCAAAGACAUGGCCGUCUACGACAUGCUCGACGCCCUGAGCACCGCACGCGACAGACACGCCACCCCGGACCACACCCCCACUAUUACAGCAGACUCCACCACCACCCCCCAAACCAACCCCACCGACACCAGCGAGCGCUACGCCCACCCCAUCACCGCCGCCCAAGAAUCCGGCCUGCCCAUCAUCGACAUCUCACCCUUCCUGGACCCGCACUCCACAGCUUCCGCCCGCCAAACCACCGCCAAAGCCAUAGACGCCGCCUGCAUCAACUACGGCUUCUUCUACCUCACCGGCCACGGCAUCCCGCUCAGCACCCUCGACGCCAUCAUCUCGCUGGCGCGGGAGUUCUUCGCGCUCCCGCUCGCCGAGAAGAACAAGAUCAAGCGCCACGACGCCGGCGGCCCCGAGGGCGGCGACUCGGCACGCGGGUACCAGGGCCUGGGCGAGAACGUCACGGGCGGGCUGAACGACGUGCAGGAGGCGAUUGACUUCUACCGGCCGUGGGACGGCCCGCUCGAGGACGGCGACGGCGGGCCCGGCACCCGCAAGACGCUGCAGGGCCCCAAUCUGUGGCCCGAGCGGCCGCAGGCGCUGAGGGGCGUGUAUGAGGAGUACAUCGCACAGGUCACGGAGGUGGGGCGCGCGCUGGUGCGGGCCAUGGGGGUGGCGCUGGACUUGGGGCCGGCGGACGCCAACGCCGCGGCCGAGGACGAGGACGAAGACGUGUUUGCGCGCCACUGCGACGAGAGCUUCUGGGUGCUCAGGAUGAUCAACUACCCCCCUUUGCCGGCGUCGGCGCUGCACAAACAACGCCAGAAACAACAGCAAAAAGACGGAGAAGAAGGAGAAGAAGAAGGAGAGGUCAUCGGUGCCGACGAAGACCCCUCCCAGUUCUCCUGCGGCGCGCACACAGACUACGGCUGCGCGACCCUGCUCCUCGCCGACCCGACCCCCGGCGCGCUCCAAGUGCAGCUCAAAAACGGCGCCUGGCUGCCCGCACACCCGGUCCGCGGCGCCUUCGUCGUCAACAUCGGCGACAUGAUCGAGCGCUGGACCAACGGCGUGUGGAAGAGCACGCUGCACCGGGUGAUCCACCGCGCGAACCACUCUCCAGAGUAUGCUGGGCGCGUGUCGGUGCCGUUCUUCUUCGAGCCGAAUUUCGACGCGCAGGUGCGGCCGCUUAAGAAGUGCGUGCGCAGGAGUGGGAGGGAGGAGAUGGGCGGCAGGGGCACGUACGGGGAGCAUUUGCUGACGAAGGUGUUUAGCAAUUUCUACUAUAGCAAGCGAACGGAUUGGUAGUUCUACAUCGCUGUCCCUUCUCUGUGGCCCCUCGAAUCCCCAAUCUCAGUCUCACCCACC